AUGAUCGAAUUUAUUAACAUUACUCAUACCUUCCAAGCUGGUGUCUAUGAUAUUAUUCUUGAUGGAGCUGCAGGAGGCCAAGGUUGUGAUGAUGGAUUAAAUGCAUCUGAAGGAGGCAAUGGAGCUCGAUUUAGAUGCAGAAUUCGUUUCAAAAAAACUCCGUCGAUUAAUGUUACUCUCGGUGAAACACCUCCGCAUAAUAAUUGCACAUUAAAUUUUCAUCGUGGUGGAUAUCCAUAUGGAGGAAGCAGUGGUGAAGAUAUCCCUGAUGGUAAUGAUGCUUCCGGUGGUGGUGGUGGACUUACAUAUAUGAGUUUUGAAAAUACAAUUUUUGUUGCCGUUGGAGCUGGUGCAGGUGGGUAUCAUGGAACCAAAGGAUCAGAUGGUGGUGGCCAAAAUUAUACAGUCAAAAUACUGGAUAAUGACAGAAUCCUCGAAAAGGAAAAUAUAAUCGACGAUGAAAAUAAUUUUCAAGGAGUCUUAAGUAAUCCAUAUCUAUUCCAGGUGCUGGUGGUGCUGGUUGGUAUGGUGGAAUUGGCGGAAAUUGGGCAUAUAAAUCUCAUUCUGACUGUCAAGGAAGAGGAGGAACUACUUCUUAUUUGCCGCUUUUCAAUUCAUCUCUAUUAA